AGAGGCGUGUCUUCCUCAUCAGUGGGCGGGGUUUGUCACUGCUGCAGUACUAUGUGGUUGUUUCAGAGAGCGCUGCUGAUCGGGGUUUUAGGGAGCAAGAGCUUUGCCAGAGCCAUGUGUGCACAAGCCAAUGACUGGCAGUCAGCCAAGUCUAUAUAUGAGUUCUCAGCCAAAGACAUCGAUGGAAAUGAAGUUUCUCUGGAGGAAUACAGAGGUUAUGUGUGUAUCAUCACUAACGUGGCCUCUAAAUGAGGUAAAACCCCAGUAAACUACACUCAGUUUGCGGAAAUGCACGCCACGUACACUGAGAAAGGUUUACGCAUCCUGGGCUUCCCAUGUAACCAGUUUGGAAAGCAGGAGCCUGGAACAGAGGCGGAGAUCAAGGAGUUUGCCAAAGGCUACAACGCAGAAUUUGACCUCUUCAGCAAGAUCGACGUGAACGGUGACGGAGCUCAUCCUCUCUGGAAAUGGAUGAAAGAACAGCCAAAAGGCAGAGGAACUCUGGGAAACAACAUCAAAUGGAAUUUCACUAAGUUCCUCAUUGACCGAGAAGGACAGGUUGUAAAGAGAUAUGGGCCAAUGGACGAUCCACGUGUUAUUGAGAAGGAUCUCCCGAAAUACCUGUAGCUGUUUGGAUAAAAUCCGCUCUCCGUCCCGUUUGCUUUGUAAUCACCUCUCUCCCCUCUAGUUGAUAACUGGAUGUUAGCGGGGCGACACCCAGUUCCAUGACGGCCGUUCCUUAAGCCUGUGUUCAGGUGGGAAUGUCCUGAUGACUUCUGGCGUGCAAAUUCACUGGGAACCCCCUCCAAUGUCCAGAUGUGUCACCAGAGUGGAGCUUAAUUCCUUAAAGCCGUGUAUGCACUGAAAUCACACUGACGUACCUGAGGAAGAUUUAAUAAUGUGUAGAGCUGACAAUAAAUUAGUCACAACUUU